AGUAACUUUAGUAAGAACUAAAGAAGUUACUUCUAAAGGAAGGGUAAAUGCUGCAGACCAGACCCAGGCCCUCUGAAUCUCCAUUCAAACCAUUUGUCGGUGUAUAAGCAGGAUGACUUAGGGAAGAUGUCAUACAGAGUGAAAUAUUGGAAUUCAUCAUGUAGACUCCUUAUUGGUGUAGCAAAUGUGUACAGUCCUCAUGAUUUAGUGAUAUCACACCUGUGACUACCAACAGCAGGUAAUUUACAUAUGUGUGUGUGUACAGUCCUUAGGAUUUAGUGAUAUCACACCUGUGACUAUAUACCAACAACAGGUAAUUUACAUGUGUGUGUGUGUGUGUGUGUGUACAUAUUGUCCUCAGGAUUUAGUGAUAUAUCAAACCAUCUACAUACAUCUACUAGGUAUCAUUACCAGGUACAUGUACUAUCAUUACCAGGUACACGUACUAUCAUUACCAGGUACACGUACUAUCAUUACCAGGUACACGUACUAUCAUUAAUUACCAGGUACACGUACUAUCAUUAAUUACCAGGUACAUGUACUAUCAUUAAUUACCAGGUAUGUGUACUAUCAUUACCAGGUACAUGUACUAUCAUUACCAGGUACAUGUACUAUCAUUAAUUACCAGGUACAUGUACUAUCAUUAAUUACCAGGUACAUGUACUUAAUCACUACCAGGUACAUGUACUAUCAUUAAUUACCAGGUACGUGUACUAUCAUUAAUUACCAGGUACACGUACUAUCAUUACCAGGUACAUGUACUAUCAUUAAUUACCAGGUACAUGUACUAUCAUUACCAGGUACAUGUACUAUCAUUACCAGGUACAUGUACUAUCAUUAAUUACCAGGUACAUGUACUAUCAUUAAUUACCAGGUACAUGUAAUGCAGAUAGCUGUUGUGUAUAUUCAAAGUAUAUUGAAGAAAUGAAUUUCAUUCUUGUACUAAAUAUAUGAGGGGUAUGAAUUGUGAUGCUUCAUGCUGGCAUAUGCUAACAUGCUUGAUGAAAGUAUGUCGGCGUAAAGCCUCACCCUUCUUAUUCCUCAUGUAUUUUCAAAAAUGUAAUUUAUUUUUAUAUUUACAUUGUGCUUUAAUAUCUGUUGGAAUUCCCAGCCGUUGAAAUAGACGUACUAUAUUUAUCAAGAUUCAUACGCACAUUGUUUACAACUGCAGUGCAUUCAUAAGGAAAUGGCUGUCAUUACAAUUUGUAAAGAUAUCAAAUUUGGUCUUGAAGGUCAUUUGAGUAGGUUAGAUAAUACUACUGUUGGAAAGUUAAGAGUGUGGUCCUUGAGAUUUAAUGAUGUUAUUUCAUUUCUAGUAAAACAUGCCCUCAUCCAGGUAUUCUUGAUGUGUUAAUCACACACACACACCCUCUAAAAAAUUCUGUUAGAUUACCCAUAAUUCAUGUCUGGCUAGGCAAAUUUCACUGUAUUAUCACCAGGUUGUCAGAACACUUUUCAUAGACCACCAGACCACCAGAACCCUUUUCAGACCAUAAUGGUGUAUUGCAUUUUAAGAAGAUAAAUUUGCCUUUAAUGAUGUUUUGUCAUGUUACUACCAGUGAUCAUUUGUCUAGGUUUUAAGAAUGGACAUGUUAAAAAGAUGGAAUUUUUUACUGAGACGCAGAACCAUGGCUGCUGAACCACAUGUGUGUGAUGGCAUUGACCUGAAAUGGAUGUACGCAUCUGAUUCUGAGGAGGAGGAUGACUGGAACAGCAAUUCUCCAGUGGUGUUAACACAGGAAUUGUCUUUAAAAGGGAAGAUCAGGAGAAUCCUGUUCAGAAAUGCUGGAACCAGACUAGGAUCCACACUGUUUGACAUUAUAGUCAAAUUAACGCUGUGCAUACUGUACGUUAUCAGGAUACAGUUUGACAAUGUGGAAACAUAUGCAUGUGGGGGUAAGCCAUGCGGAGGAAACAAUACAUACCAGGUCUACCCGAAAAACGAGGAUGACGGAAUGAUCUUCUCAUCGUCCGAAAUCAACUGGCCAGUCCUUCUCUGGGUUCACCGCCCAGAGCCCAUUUGGAUUAUAGAGGUCACCUUGGCAAUCUUCACCUUCUCUAAAGCUUUACUUUUUAUUUUUAUUUCUAAGCUUAGGUUGGACAGAACACCUUGGCAGUUGGGCAAGGUAGAAUUGAUGACAAAGCCUGCCUUUAUUCUGGAAGUUGUGUGUUCACUUCCAUUGAUUGUCACAUUAACAUAUCCAAUGAUGCUGACAAAUUUGUAUGUUCCUACAUUCCUGAACUGUUGGCUUGCCAAAAGGGCCAUGGAGAGACUGUUUAAUGACCUUCACUUGACCAAGCAGCGAUUUCAGACAAUUUCAGUCACCAUGUCUCAACAACUACUGAUUCUAGGAGCUACGCUUGUGUCUCUGAUCUUUACCACAGUGUGUGGCAUUCAGCACAUCCAGAGAGCCAGCUCCGAGAAGCCCUUGACCUUGUUUGAGUCAUUGUACUUCACCAUAGUUACGUUUUCUACUGUGGGCUAUGGAGAUAUAUCCCCCGACAUCUGGCUGGGCCAGCUUUUUAUGGUCCUCAUGAUCUGUGUUGCCAUUGCGUUUAUUCCAAGACAGAUAGAGGGCAUUGGUUCCCUGUGGGUGGAGAGGAAGAAAUCUGGAGGGGAGUAUAACUCCAGACAGGCCCGCAAGAAUCACCAUGUGGUAGUAUGUGCCCAGAACCUGACAGGAGAUGCCAUCAUGGACUUCCUCACUGAGUUUUUCUCUGCUCCAAAACAUGAGGAAUACACUGUCAUCUUGCUGAGUCCUGAUGAGUUGAACUCGAGCAUGCAUAUGAUUCUGAAGGAUCCAAAGUGGGCAAACAGAGUAAUAUAUAUGAGAGGAUCGGCACUGAAGGCUGCUGACCUCAAACGAUGCAGAAUGAAUGAAGCAGAUGCUUGUUUUAUAUUGGCCCCAGAGAACUGCACGAAUAAGGACCGAGAGGACCAUAACACCAUUAUGAGAUCGUGGGCUGUUAAAGAUUUCUGUCCAGAGACGAAUCAAUUUAUACAGCUGUUUAGGACCGAAAACAAAAUUCAUGUUAAGUUUGCUGAGCAUGUUGUGUGUGAGGACGAAUUUUCCUAUGCUUUACUGGCCAAUAACUGUUUAUAUCCUGGACUGUCGACCCUAGUGUCACUGCUAGUUCACACAUCAACAGGAUAUGAGGGAGAAAUGGCAACAGAAUCAUGGAUGCAGCUCUAUGGUCGACAUUCAGGGAAUGAGGUGUAUCACAUACAACUUAGUAAAAGUAUUUUCUUUAGCCAGUAUGAAGGCCAGACUUUCUCCAAUGUUUCAGCUGAAGUUCAUUCCAAGUUUGGUGUUUCCUUGAUAGCUAUCAUGGAGACAGAUCUCAACAAAGACAAGGACCAAGAGAUGGACCAUAAACUAGUUCUCAACCCCGGACCUAACUAUAUCCUGAAAGGCUCCGACUUCUGUUUCUACCUCAGUAAAGUAAAGGAAGAACACACAAGAAUAGCCCCGAAUAGGCCAGUUACAGAGGAGAAAAGCAAGAAGAAACAGCAACAAAGGGAGAAAAAUUAUGAGAAGAUAGCAUCAGAAUUACAGCGGUUCCUUGAUCAUGCACAACUGGAAGUGGAGAGUACCCCUACUGGGGAAGAGAGUGUGUUUAACACAAUAACCAGUCAGAUGGGAUUCGAUUUCACCUCCACCCUCACAGAUACCCUACAGACCAGGGUGGAAACCCCAGACAUCCUACAGCGGGGCAUUGGAGAGAGUGUGGGUAAUACCACAGAAAACCAUAACGUACUGCUGAUGUACAAUGAGAUGGCCAGUGAAGAGACAACACCCCAGUUUUUGUCUGUAAACACAGCAAAAUCUGACGUAAAAUCAAGGUUUGUGACAGGUGCCCCGCCCAUUUUCCUGACUGGUUGCAGGAAGACCUUGUGUCACCUUGUGAAGAAUCCUCGCCAUUCCUGUUGUCUCAGAUGGGGAGAGGACUGUAGCCAUGUAAAUUACAAGAAUGCCCGAGAUGAUAGAUGGCAGAGUCACUUGAUCAUUUUGUCAGCUGACAAAAUCUGUGUGGGCGUGUACAACUUUAUUGUGCCCCUGCGGUCCAGAUUCCUCAGCAUUAAGUCUCUCAGUCCCAUCAUCCUGAUGCUGGAAGAAGAACCCUCCAGUAUGUAUGUAGAUUCGCUGGCACACUUCCCCAUGGUUUAUUGGAUGAAGGGAAACAUCAAGAAUGUGGAUGACCUACUGCGGGCUGGUAUUAACAAAGCCAGUCAUUUAGUCAUCGUUAACAGAUCAUCCAAUCAGGCUAAAGAAGUUGUUCUCACAGACGCGGACACCAUUGUCACCGUACAGUCCAUAUUUAAAUUAUUCCCCAACAUCAACAUUCUGACUGAAAUCUCACAAACCUCCAACAUUAAAUUCAUGCAGUUUCAGCCCCAUGAUGAGUACUCCAAGAAAAUUGCCAGACUGGAGAAGAAGCUCCGGGACGAUAUGCGAUCCACUCUGGUCCAUAUUUUCCGUCUUCCGUUUGCUGCGGGACAGGUGUUUAGUUGUAGUAUGUUGGAUACUCUUCUGUAUCAGACCUGCUCUAAAGGCUACCUCAUUAAGUUUGUUCGCCUUCUGCUUGGGAUUGAUGCUGAGGAGAACUCUGGGCACUUGUCUAGCAUAAAGGUGAAGCGAGACAUACUUGCAAAGUACAAGACCUAUGGUGAUUUGUACAUAGGCUUGUGUAAGGUGACUGGUGAGGUACCCAUAGCCAUCUACAGGUCAGAGAAAAGGAGGAUAUUUGUAGAAGAGGAAGAGGAAGAACAUCAUCCCCUCAGAAAGGAGCACAAAACACCUCCCCACCGAGUCAAGAAAUCUUCCUUCAACAUCAAGCAGUUUUUUGAGAGGGCUAUCCCCAAUGACCUGUCAGAUUUUGUCCGCAGUCGGAUGACAUCCAUGUCCAUAGAUCCUUCAGGCUACAUCUGUGAUGACGAACAUUGUAACAAACCUCUGUCCUUUAUCAUCAUCAACCCGAUGCCCCAAUGUAGACUGAAGAAAGGAGACAUUGUGUACGUAUUACAACCAAGUGCUAUGUUCGCUAUUCCGAGUCGUUUGCAGCACAAACCUCAUCGGAAGCGACGCCGGUCAUGGAGUGAAGGAAUUAACAACAGGAUGCAGCCAGAGACUCCUGUUAGAUCUCGCACACAUUCAAUUGACUUCACCUCCAGAACCGUUGCAUUUAAAGUCCCUGAUACUGGUGAUCGUCAUGAAUUGUCUCCCUUGAUGGAUAAUGGUGUUGAGGUCAAAGUAGAUGCUGAGUCUUUGGACACGCUGGAUUCUGCUCUACCCAAGACCUCAACAGGAAAAGUGCAGAGGGGCACUGCUCCGAUAUUUAACUUUACAUUCACAGAGCCGGAUGGGGAAUCACCUGCCUCUGAAUCCGAAGUUAAUCCAGGUAAAGGAGAUUCUACAAAUGUAACGAACGUCUCAAAUAACAACGAUAUCCCAAUGAAGGAAAUCCCAGCGGAGAAACCUCAGGAUCCAUCCACGCAGGCUGUGAGGGAACCCCCCAAAAUAGUCAUAACAAGAACUCCCACCAAAAUCUUUCAAACGGAACGGGUUCCUGAAUAAUUAGCAGCAGUUGUCCUGAAUAUUAAUGAGAUUCAGGAAAACUUUGUAGAUUAAAUUAAGAGCACCAUCUUCCUUCCAAUAAAAGUUGAAUGGUAUGCAGACAAGCAAAAAUGGGGAAUGGUGUGUUUUUGACAUCCUUUUACUAAGUUUUUUUUUUAGUAAAAAAGGUUGAAUAUACUGUCUUCAUGAAAGAUAUUACACUGAAGGGAAUGUUUUUAUCCUCAUACUAAAAGCAUCGGAAGUUACAUUUUAUCCUACAACUUUUGUGUCAAUAUUUAAUUUUUUUUUUAUGCUGAAAGUCUGGAUUUUUUUCUAAUUGAUAAAUAUGAGGGAUGGUACCCUCCCAAUGUGAGCUAGAAUGGCAAACUAGGUAUGCAUAAUUUGGAGCUUGUGGAAAUUCCCAUCAAUUAUUGCAUAGAAUUGCCAUAUCAUUUAAGUAUCUUACGUGUCAUUAACAAUACAUGUUUCAUUUCUGACAAUUACAUUUUUCCUUAAAACUUUUGAUACCUCCUGUAGAAUCAGUUAUUUCAGUGGGAUAAUUUUAUGAUUUGUGAAAAAUAAGCGUGUAAUAUUGGAGACUUGAUUUCUUGAUCAAAGAGUUGUCUUUGUUCUAGUUCAAUUUUUCUCAUUCACGGACAAUUUUAAAUUUAUGUGUACAGGUAUGCUGUAACAAAACAAAAUAAAAAAACAACAACAAAAAUUGUACCCCAACAAAAAUGUGUAAUUCUACAGUGAUUCUAGACUAAUUUAACUGUAUAUAUAGCAAUGGGUUUAACUCGAUCAAUAGCAAUGGGUUUAACUCGAUCAAUAGCCAUGGGUUUAACUAUUUGUAGCUGUGGGUUUAGUUACUCUAUACAAAGCCACAGGUUUAAUCUAUUGCUGUGUGUCUGUGGGUUUAAUUGAAAUCCACCUAACACUAUCAAUAGCUAUGGGUUUAUAGUUACACUGUGUGUAGUCAGGGGUUCUAUUUAACUCUGUAUUUAACCAUGGGUAUGAUUUAAGUUAUUUUUUAAUUUUAAAAGCAGUAUAAAAUAAAAAAAAUAACAUCUUAAAUACGAUACAUUUGUCAAUGAAAUAUUUUGGAAAAUGAAAUUAUUGUCAUGGCAUAUAAAAAAUAAUUGAGUUAAUUAUAAGUAAUUUGUACAUACAAGCUAUUUUAUUGUAUUUUAUGUCACUUUUCACAAAUGGAAGUACAUGUACUUAACUUUACUAGAUGACAUCAGAAUUCACAAAAACCGAGAAUCAGUAUUGUACAUUUACCUCAUUUCUCAUCAUUCUGUCAGGAUACUUUGAUUUGUUUAAGAAAAUGUUUCUAUUGUGUAUCUUUCUUUACAAUAUUUUUCAAGAUGAACAUCUUAUGUAUAUAUUAAGCUUUUCACAGUGUAAAUUCUAACUACAUCAAGGUUCAGGGCAGUUGUAUUAUAGUUAUAAUAGGUGAGGCUCUCUGCAAGGCAUUUCCACAUUUCUGCUCAUUUAUUUUUGUAUUAUUUUGUAUGCAAGUUUUCUGAAUUCAGAGACAUUGGUGUUUUAAAUUGCUGAGGUUUCAAAUUUGUAUUUGAUCUGAGUAUUAUAUAUAAAUAACCAAACAUUCCAAAUAAUUGGAGGCAUUUUGAAAUUAGCAGACUGAUAUUAUAAAAUGCAAUAUGUUUUCUGUGUGUCAAUUAGAUAUAUAGAGUUGCAAGCUGUUACAUAUUUUUUCAUGUUAGAUCAAUAGCUAUUUAGCUGUAGUGUUUGAUCCUGAGAGCAGCAGCUAACCUUCUAUCAGCUCACAUCCAUUUCUUAUACAGUGAAACCUGCCUAAUACAACAUCCAUCUCACAUACAGUGAAACCCGCCUAAUACAACAUCCAUCUCACAUACAGUGAAACCUGCCUAAUACAACAUCCAUCUCACAUACAGUGAAACCCGCCUAACACAACAUCCAUCUCACAUACAGUGAAACCUGCCUAAUACAACAUCCAUCUCACAUACAGUGAAACCCGCCUAAUACAACAUCCAUCUCACAUACAGUGAAACCCGCCUAACACAACAUCCAUCUCACAUACAGUGAAACCCGCCUAACACAACAUCCAUCUCACAUACAGUGAAACCUGCCUAAUACAACAUCCAUCUCACAUACAGUGAAACCCGCCUAAUACAACAUCCAUCUCACAUACAGUGAAACCCGCCUAAUACAACAUCCAUCUCACAUACAGUGAAACCCGUCUAAUACAACAUUCAUUGGGAGACACAUUUUCUGUCCGAUUUGACCAGAUUGAAUUGUUGGAUAGACGGGUCAAGCUGUAGUAUAUCAAGAUAGAUAAGUUUAACUGUUAAAAGAAAAAAGUUUAACUUUACAAGAUAUGUGGCCAUUCACUUUUAUUGUUUAAAUAAGUGUGUUUUGUAUUAAUUUGUAUCGUACGGUUAUUUAUAUCUUUUGAAACAGGUUGUAAGAUAUUAUGACACACCUAUCACAUUGAUAGGGCUUGUACAGUUGUUUUUAUGUAAUUAACAUGUUUCCUCAGUCGGUAUUUUAACUUUGUGUUUCGUAUUCAAGAAGAAAAUUAAGGCAGAAAAAGUAAAUUUUCAUGUUUGUUAAUAGUUUGUGUGAAGAUAGUCUUAAUGAAAGUUGUUUUUUUUAUUGAAUGAAUACGGAAGUUAUCUUUAUGGCUGUUUCAGUUCAGUUCAAAAAUAAUAAACUUUUGACAGUUACAUGAAGCUGAUACUUUCAGAUUUACUUUAUAGUUCUUAUGAUUAUAUUGAACUGUAAAAUGGUUAAUUUGAUGAUUAAGAUCUUUCCCAAUAAGCAUGUGGAAAUUAAAAUAAAUAAGCCGUGUUUAGAUUUUCUUUAUGUUAAUUUCAGCACUGUUUUAGCUUUAGGAAUUCAGAUUGUGUAUUACAGUGUAUUUGGUUGAGGGAAACAUGUAAAAUGAGUAGUAAUUAUAAGUUAAUCCAUUUUGUUGUAAUGUCUGUGUAGUUUUACAACGUUUAUGUUGACUGUUGGUGUAGGCAUUUUAAUUUUUGGAUAUUAUUUCUGUGCAUAAAUAUUUUGAAAGGAAUCUCGAUUUUGCAAAAUAAUGUUUUAUUAUUUAUGAAUAGUUUUUCUUUUGUUUUCAGUUGUUUAGUGAGGUUCUGACAACUGUAUGAUUUUAAUUAUUUUUCGAAAGCACUGCAAGCAGUUUCCCCUGGUAUUUGAGUAUGAUAUGACUUGUUUAUGUCAGUUGGUAAGUUGAAAUAUAUAUAUAUGUGAUUUGUGGGGACAGAAUCUGAUACAGAGAAGUAUUUUCACCGUUAACAUUUUGAGAUUAAUAGAUAAAUCUGAUGGAAAUAUACAUGUAAGCUUUGUCAUGUUUGAUUUAUCAUAGUUAUAUUUUUACAUGAAGAUACGACCAGUAACAAUUAUCAAUUUAUUUUUGUGAAUUAAAAAGAAACUUGUCAAA